AUGUCUGGAAAAUGUCCAGAAAAGGUAAAUGAAGAUGAUGAUGAGACUACCUUCUGUCAAAGAUGUGAAAAUGUUGAGGGUCACCGAUGGUUCCGGUCUUUCUGCUCGUUCCGGCACUCAUCUCUAAUCACUUUGUUGGUGUGUGCAAUCGUAUCAGUCCAGCUUUUUGCCAGUUGGUAUGCCAUAAACAUAUCUGCCAUUCAAUUGUCCAAUGAUCACAUCUCCGUUGCAAAUUCUUCACCUCCACGAGAGGUGUUAGGUCGUGCCUAUCUAGGUACUCUAGAAACAAAUAUGGCCUCGAAUUGGUCCAGAAAGUAUUCGAGUGAGAAUCAGUUGGCUGGAACAAAUCUGCAAAUGGUCAAUUGGACUCGUAGUAAGUUUGAGGAGUUUGGAUUCGAUACUUGUGUCGAUGAAUACGAGGCCUAUGUCAGUUACCCUGAGGAUCAGGCUCUUAAUCUUCUCUCUAACAACUCCGAUCUCGUCUUCAGAGCUUCAUUGAAAGAGGAUUAUGUCAAGGAGGAUCCUGCAAGUGCGAAGUAUGUUCCCUCAUUUUUGGGAUACGCUGCUUCUGGUAAUGUUACUGCUUCUUACGUAUUCUGUAACUACGGAACUUACGAGGAUUUUGCUUUACUCGACAAACUGGAUAUUGACUUGAAGGGUAAAGUCGCAGUCAUUAGAUACGGACAGAUAUUUCGUGGAUUGAAGGUCAAAUUCGCUCAGCAGCGCAACAUGUCUGCUGUAUUACUAUUUUCUGAUCCUAUCGAUGACGGCAAUAUAACUGAGGCUAAUGGUUUGAAACCAUAUCCAAAAGGACCUUCCAGAAAUCCAAGUUCUGUUGAGAGGGGUUCAACGCAAUUCUUAUCUGAUCUCCCUGGUGAUCCAUUGACUCCUGGUUAUGGUAUUAAACCCGGUGAGAAUAAAACUCACGCUGAUCCGCUUUUAUCCACACCACGUAUUCCUGCCUUGCCUGUUUCCAUUCGGGACAUUACUCCGAUUUUGAACAAGUUGAACGGCCAUGGACCUAAAAUUGAAGGUCGUUGGAGUGAAGGUCUUAUUAAGGGCUUUGAUUAUUCUAUUGGCCCUAACCCUGCCUAUCUUGUCAAUGUCUACAACAAACAGAAUUUCACAACUGCUGUUAUGCACAACGUUCUGGCUAAGCUCGAAGGUCACAACCCGCACGAAGUGAUCAUAAUCGGCAAUCAUCACGACUCCUGGACUCCUUCUGCUGGAGAUCCGCAUUCUGGUUCUGCUGUGAUACUUGAGCUGGCCAGAGGUCUUGGUCAACUUGCCAAGCUUGGGUGGAAACCUCAACGUACAAUUUUAUUGGCCAGUUGGGAUGGUGAAGAAUAUGGACUUUUGGGUUCCACUGAAUUCGGCGAGUAUAAUGCUCAUAAACUUAUGAAGAGUACUGUUGCCUAUAUCAAUCUUGAUUUGGCUGUCAGCGGCGACAAACUUGACAUUGGUGCUUCACCUUUGCUUUACGAUAUUCUCAAGGAUACAACUAAAGGGCUCUCUUAUUCCCAGAAUCAGUCAUUAUAUCAGCACUUUGAAACUACUUCAAAGGGCCGUAUUUCCAACUUAGGAUCCGGUUCUGAUUUCACUGUCUUCCUUGAUCAUUUGGGUAUACCAUCUGCCGAUAUCGGCUUCCAUGGUAAUUUAAACUCUCCUGUUUACCAUUACCAUUCCAUUUAUGAUAGCUAUAACUGGAUGGCCAAACUUGGAGACCCAGACUUCAAGUACCACAACUUGUUGAGCAAAUAUAUUGGACUAGUAAUUCUCAAGAUGAGCGAGACUAAAGUAUUACCUCUCAGAACAAAUCCUUAUGGUUUGAAGCUUCAUGAGUUUUUCAAUGUUGCAGUCUCUCAAGUUCCUGAGGAAUGGUUAACACAUAAUGUCUUUAACUCAACUUGCCCUCACCAUAAAAAUAUCACCGUUUCCCAGAUCAUUGGCAGCGUGAAACACAAGUUAGGAAAGUUGAGCGAAAAGACAUUGGAAUUUGAUACUGGUGCUUCCGAUCUUCAGUAUAAUUACGAUCAUUGGGAUGAGCUCAGCUAUUGGGCAAGAUUUAAGUUGCUGUUCCAUAUCAACAGAGCCAACUUCUGGUUGAAAUACUAUGAAAGAAGGUUCCUCAAAAGGGACGGUCUCAAGAAUAGACCGUGGUUUAAACAUAUCAUUUUCACCAGUGGGAGACAUACUGGUUAUUCUGGACAGCAACUUCCAGGAAUAGUGGAGCCCAUCGAGGACGGCGAUAGGGACGAGUUUGUGCGUAACUUAGUGUAUUUCGACAGGGUGAUCACUCGUCUAUCCAUUUAA